ACACGGGAUAGACAAAAAACAACAAAUCAGUGCGUUUCAGUUGUAUGUUCUUAGCGCUUCCACCGUACGCGAGCUGGUUUGCAUCUUAUCGCGAAUAAAAAAUAGCUCUUUGCGUCGAAUCAUCCCCGGGCGAGGAAGGUUACAUAAAUAACAGGGACGCUGCUUCUACGGAGACCUCCGCCGUAAACCCAGCAUCGGGAAUCCGAUAUCAAUAGCCGGGGCCGUGUGUAUUGUGACCAUGAAUGUGUGCUUAUGACAUCGGAGAGUGCUUUCCCUUGCCGUCCGUCCGAAGGAUAUCGAUAUUCAGUGGCUUACUAGCAUCGUAGCAAUAGCGUUUGACGCAUUUCCCGGAGGGUUCGUUUUCGUUGACCAGCAGCGUGGGCUUUCCCUCGGGCUGUGUCGAUUUUCUUUUCUCAAUCACCGCGACCGUUCGGCGUAAUCAUCGUGUCUCGCCUUGAGUUAUCAGGGGCUUAAGGGCUCCGCAAUCUGUACUCACCUUUCAAAUGCGCGCUGCGAACGUGUGUGGUGCAAAGUGCUGUGAUCUGUAUCCGUAGCAUUUAUCGUUAGGAUUAGCCGUACACUUCGACGACGAGGGCGGUUUCGUCUAUGGUGCUAGUCUCGUCAUCGCAACACAAUAGCAGAGCAACGUCUAAUGUAUUCCGGCCAUGAAUAGCAAUACGAUCAAGAUGAACGGCGAUCAGAAGAACGAAUCGUUUAAGCUGCUGCAGCUGUCCGACGACUCCAAAAGUCUUACUGAUCUCGAACUACCAGAGGUAGUGUCACAGAGGAAGCGAAAAGUUCGCAGAAAAACACGUCCACGAACAUCGUCCUAUCGUGGAGAUGACGAACGCGGCCUCUCCAUACGGGCAGGGCACAUCGAUUGUAAAAACUUUAGUAUUUGGCUAGCGGUCGCUAUGACUGUGCUGUGGCUGUUUAUUAUUUCCUACGUCACGUCGGUCAUACACGGCGAAAACCAUCGACUAGAGCUUGCGCUACAAAAAGUUUCAGCAACUAGUCAAAAUGUGCCAGAGGCGCUACAAAAGUGGCACGAAACGUCCAAGAGCCUGGAGCAGAACCAGACCGCCCUCAACGGGACGCUGCUGCAGAUGCAACAAAUACUCUCCAAGUUCCACACGGAGCUCAAACAGUUGCGAGAUUCGAUGGACAAGAAGAAUGAAAACUCGCAGGAAGCACAACUCAACCGCCUGCAGUCCAGCGUGGCCGAUCUGGGCUCCAGCAUUGGCGAUUCGAACUCCCGGAUCGGCGCCCUGGAGGAACGUCUCACGGCCAUCCAGACCGAGCAGAAGCAGUUGAACAAAUCGCUCGAAGACUUACAGAAGAUCUUCGGUCACAUCCAGAACACCACCUCCGGCGCGGCCAUCAUCGGAGGCGACGAAGUGGCGAAGGGUGUCGAGAAAACGAUAGCCGAACUGCGCGAACAGCUGACCGGGCAGCUGAACAAUCUCGCCCAGAACGUUACCGGUGAGCUGGAGGCGCUGCGGCAAAAGAACGUCUGGCUGGCCACGGACCUGGCGAACCAGACGAAGCGCAUCGAGGGAUUGGUCGAGGAUAAGAACAACAUCUCGUCGCACGUGUCCUCGAUUCAGGCGGUCUGGCUGGAGAUACGUAACAAUAUGACGACUCUCGAGGCGGACCAGAAAACGAUCAACGAGCAGUUGGCGGCGCUGGCCAACGUGACCACCGGGUUGCACGGAACGAUCGCGACGGUACAAGUCGAGUGCCAGCAGUACCACAGCAAGCUCGAUGGAGUGAACGGAAAGCUCGGUGCGCUGCAGGAUCAGAUUCAGCAGAUCGAAACGAAGGAAGCGAUCCAUCUGUCACGCGAGUCAUCGAACGGGACGCAACAGAUCAUGAAGGAUAACAUGUCACCCCUGCUUUCGCAACUCUUCGCCGAACAUAUUCCGCCAGCCACGGUCAGCACAAACCCUCCCGUUACUCCCAAAUCAACAGAGGCUGCCACCCCGACCACUACGACCACGGCCAAGCCCCAAACGUCGAUGCUGUACCCGGGCACACUAGUUUUGCAGAUGUCAACCACACCGCAACCGAACGUCGCCAAUGCUGGUCCCGCACAACCAUCCAAACCGAAUGAAAUCACCGGUACGGCAAAUGCUGACGGCUCCGUUAGCAGCAAAAAAGCUCCCGCCACUUUCGAUUCCGUCAUGUAGAUCACU